AACCUCCGCACAUCCACCGUCGGAACUUAACAGUGUGACAUCCAGCGGAAGUAAACAAACACUACAGCUGUUAGCAGCGUUAGCUCUGUGCACGCCACGUGAAUGAAUGAAGUGGAAGACGGCAUUGUAGCGGAGACACAGUCAAUUAUUUCAUUCGUAAUUAAGCAACAAUGUCUUCAGUUGAGUGUUUGAGAGAGUUUGUCAACGAGCGACUAACUGCUGCUGCUGAAGAAAUAUUUGGAGUUUUUAUAAAAACUAUCGUCGAGUACGAAGAAGAGAUCUAUCGUCAGCGCAAACUGCUGGAUAUCGUUUGGAAACCUGAAAUAAAGUUACACAGGAUAGAUCUCCAACAGCAACAUGUCUGUGAGGAGGAAGAGGAGGAGGUUCUCACUGACCAGCAGCUCUGUAACCAGGAGAGGAGCUCCAGUCUGGACCAAGAGGACCCAGAGCCUGUACAGAUUAAAGAGGAACAGGAGGAACUCUGCACCAGUCAGGAGGGAGAGGAGCUUGUGAUGAAGGUGGAGGCUGAUACCUUUGUGGUGACUCCUACUGAUGAGGAAAGGGACCACAGUGAAGCAGAACCUGAAAGUGACCACCAGCUGCUGUUGAACAACUGUAAUGCAGCUGAGAGCCAAGAUCAGAAAGGACACAAGAAUGAAGACUCUACUAGAGAUGCAGAGUCAGAACAAAACAAUCAACAGUAUGAAAACAGAAGUCACAGUGACCUCGUCAACAACCCUAACUCGUCAGGGGCUGACAGUAAUAUUCAACAGUCUUUUAAAUGUAACACUUGUGGAAAGGAUUAUAAGUAUAGGUCAGUACUUGUGAACCACAUGAGAAUACACACAGGUGAGAAGCCGUACCUUUGCAAAACCUGCGGGAAACGAUUUAGUAGAAUUGAUUCAUUGAAAUCGCAUCAGAGAGUUCACACAGGUGAGAAGCCGUGUAUUUGUACAACAUGUGGGAAAGCUUUCAGACACAAUAGUACCUUGAAUAGCCACAUUAGACGUGUCCACAACAAUGAGAAGCCAUGCCUUUGCAAGAUCUGUGGGGAAAGAUUUUGCAGGUUUGAUUUAUUGAAAAUGCAUCAAAGAGUUCACAUAGAUAAUAAGCUGUACCUUUGCAAAACCUGCGGGAAAAGAUUUCGUAGAACUGAUAAAUUGAAAAUGCAUCACAGAGUUCACACGGGUGAGAAGCCGUAUAUUUGCACAACAUGUGGGAAAGCUUUUGCACAUAGUAGUACCUUGAAUGUCCACUUUAGAAAUAGCCACAAUAAUGAGAAUCCGUACCCUUGCAAGAUCUGUGGGAAAAGAUUCAGGGGCAUGACAAAUUUGAAAAUUCAUCAGAGAGUUCACACAGAUGAGAGGCCAUAAACUGCAACAUGUGUAAGAAAACAUACUGCGCCACAUCUGACUUGAAAGAGCACAUCAAAAUCCAUGCAGGUUAAUAGCUGUUAACUCACAAAUCAUGUGACCUUACAGUCCAUGAGAGGAGCCAACACUGGUGAGAGACCGUUGCAAUGUUUGUUCAUCGUUAGAACUGAAGAACUCACUGACUGUAUUGUAUGACCAUAUGAGAACUCCUAUUGUAAAUAAAUGUUCAUUAAUUUUGCUGUUUUAUACUGUACACUACUUCACUGUGCCUGAUUUAUAGCUGAAUUAGCAAAUUGAAUUAUCAGAAUUUGUGAAAUAUUAUUUAUACAUAAUAUGUAUGUUUGUAUAUAUACACACAGACAUGCUGAACUAAAUGUUUACAAAGUGUAAAUGUUGUGUACUUUUUGGAGCGCUGCUAAUAUACAGCUCUGUGAUCAACACUGUUUGCUAAAGUUCUGACAUUUCACGAUACAGAAAGAAUGGAUUAAACUAAAUGAUGUUUAAAUUGGUUCAGAGAGUUAUAUAAUAAACAAUCAUCUUUACUUCA